CAGUCUUUCCGUUAUUAAUAACGGACACUGGCAGUAUCCCGGCACAAAAUCCCGGAAACAUCUCGUUCGUGAAAUUCAACGAAUCUCCGAAUGUAAUUUCGAAUCGUUGUGUCUUCGUUUUGGUGUACUUUCAAAUUCGUGGAAAGAGAGUGUGCCGUCUCGUGGAUUACACGUCGUAUCAUUUUAACGAGAAUUCGCGAAAACGGGCGUGCCUUGGACAAUCGGCGACGUCCCUGACGUGAAAAUACACAACGGCGAGAAGUGGUGGACAACGACAGCAAGACAUCGAUUGCGGUUAACAUUGCGACAAAAAGGACUAACAGUCCAUAGAGGCGAUAAAGCAGAAGAACAAAGAAAAGGGAAACGAGGAAAAUAGAACCGAACGGCAAUAGUAACAGCAGCAGUGGUAACAACGGUGACGGGAAGGGAAAAGUACAAGCUACAACGGUGGAGAGGAACGCGAUACAGCCGCGUGAUUUUGAACGCGAAUACAGACGUAACUGUCAACGGUCAGAUUUGAAAGUCUCGCAAAUUGCAGGGUCCUCGUAAGGCUUCCCUCGCUAGAAUCGUUGUAUUUUCGUCACGUCAACAUCGUUAACGUCGUGUCAUAUUGUCGCCGUCUUUGUCGUCGUCGUCGUCGUCGUCGUCGUCUACGUUGUCGUCGUGUUCGAUCCGGUGAAAAACCGGUCGUCUUAUAAUAUUAACCACGGUGUGAGAACGCGACUAAAUGACCAUGGACCUCCGCAUGUACAACAUCGAGACCGGCUACAGUAUAAAUAUCAAAAGGACGGACGGUCGUGUUCAUUCGGCAGUGGUUUCGGGUAUUAAUUGGGAACAACGCACCGUUACCGUAGAAUGGUUCGAGAGAGGAGAGACGAAAGGAAAAGAGGUCGAGAUAGAUGCGAUCAUCGCGUUGAAUCCCGACCUGACCAAUCAGAAAACCAUAGAAUCACCCGCUCAGAUGAACAAUCACACGUUGAUAUCUUCCAGGGCACGGGAUUCUUCGGACGAGGAAGACGAGGGGGUGGACGAGUCGGAAAACCAAGAGGAGGGCCCCCUUGGACGGCACAGCGGUCACACCUCCGUUUCACGCAGGGAGUAUCAGAACAGCAUCGAGUUCAGGCCGCUACGGGAGUCGGACGUGGUGGAGGAUCAUCAAAUCACCGUGUGCGUGAGGAAGCGCCCCCUGAACAAGAAGGAGAUAGCGCGGAAAGAGGUGGACGUGAUCAGCGUGCCCAGCAAGGAUCAGAUGGUGGUACACGAGCCGAAGGCCAAAGUCGAUCUCACCAAAUAUUUGGAGAAUCAAAUUUUCCGUUUCGACUACGCGUUCGACGAGACGUGCAACAACGAGAUCGUGUACAAGUACACGGCGAAGCCUCUGGUCCAGACCAUCUUCGAGGGCGGGAUGGCCACCUGCUUCGCGUACGGUCAAACGGGAAGCGGGAAGACCCAUACGAUGGGCGGUGAUUUCAACGGGAAAACUCAGGAUUGCAAGAAAGGUAUAUACGCGAUGGUCGCCAACGACGUGUUCAAAUGCCUCAAAUUGUCCAAAUAUCGCUCCCUCAAUCUCAUCAUUUCCGCGAGUUUCUUCGAGAUUUAUUCGGGCAAAGUGUUCGACUUAUUGGCGGACAAGGAAAAACUUCGCGUUUUGGAGGAUGGGAAACAACAGGUGCAGAUUGUCGGAUUGACGGAGAAGGUGGUGGAAUCGUGCGAGGAAGUAUUGAAAUUGAUACAGCACGGGAACAGCGCGAGGACCAGCGGGCAGACAAGCGCCAAUUCCAACUCGUCCCGGUCGCACGCCGUGUUUCAAAUCAUAGCCCGUACGCCGGCCACCCAUAAAGUUCAUGGAAAAUUCUCGUUGAUCGAUCUUGCCGGAAACGAGAGGGGAGCCGACACGUCAUCCGCCAACAGACAAACUCGAAUGGAAGGUGCAGAGAUCAACAAGUCACUGUUGGCUUUAAAAGAAUGCAUUCGAGCGUUGGGCCGCAAAGGAACGCAUUUACCGUUCAGGGCUAGCAAGUUGACGCAAGUGUUAAGGGACAGCUUCAUCGGUGAAAAAUCGAAAACUUGCAUGAUCGCCAUGAUCAGCCCGGGAAUGAGUUCCUGCGAGCAUUCGUUGAACACACUUAGAUACGCGGAUCGAGUGAAGGAGUUGGCCGCCACCGAUCCGACCGAAGUGAAAAUUUCCUCGACGGACGACGAACGGGAAUUAAAAAUCGAGGCACAGUCGAACAACGUGCUGUCUGACAGCGACUUGGCUCAACUACGAUCCCUUAACGAGAGCGAAAUAUCCCAAGAUCUUUACACGUUUCACGAGGCUGUAUCCGCGUUGCAAAUGCUUGAGGAGGAAGUCUUGGAUACGCACAAAAUGGUUAUGGAUCAAACGACCAGAUUUCUCAAUGAUGCACACAGUGUGUUCAGUGUGACUCACGAAGUAGACUAUGACCAAGAAGAAUAUGCCCAAAAGUGGGAACAGCUAUUGGUGCAGCAGCGCGAUAUCUUUAACGCCGCAAUUGAUCAAGUCAGUCAGUUUCGCGGACAAUUGUUGCAAGAAGAACAGAUCAGCCGGAAGAUGACGAACUCGUAACUCACGAUACGAUUAACGUAGAUUUGUUUACACGUACGCAUGAGAGAGAAAGGGAGAGAGUGGAAGAGGAAGAAAGAAAGAAAGAGAGAAAGAGGGUGAACGAGAAUAAACGAGUAUGAGCGAGGGAAAAAAUAUGAGAAAAAGGUAGGAGAAAGAACACGAGUUUUACGGUUUCACGACGAUUAUUAGGAUCAAGGACGACAAUGGACGACGACUGGUGGAUGGUGGGAACAACUUUCAUAGGUUUGCGGCGUACUAUCUUUAAUUCCAAAUAUGCGAUCACAAAGUAACCAGAACCGUUCCUUUUUUUUUCUUUCUUUCUUUCGUUCUUUCUUUCUCUCCUCCCUUUUCCACUCGAUUCGUUCUCGAUCGAUCCUUGACUCUAAAAACUCGAAGAUGAACAGAGACGACAGACGAUCAUCGUCCGCCCAUAUAUAUUUACCUUGCGAACCGUUUUCUACGUUUCUCCCCUCUUUUCGCCUAUUUUUCUUCCUCUCCCUUUCUCCUUUUUAUCCUUAUCGCUAGCUUUACUAUCUUACUAUCUUAUUUUUCCGUGGUGACACGCGCCACGCACCAAAAUCAUACUGUAUCACUAUCUUCACCUUACGUUUAAUCGAUCGUGUCCCGCGUGCUUCAUUUCACUCGUAAUCGCCUCGCAAUUAUCUCGUUCGAAUGUCGCGAAAAACGAUACGUCUCCCCCCUUCCUUCAAUAUACGCGGAUAUCAAUGGAUAUUAAUUAGAUCGAUGGAGAUGUAUACGUACGUAUACGAACGAAUAAAUGGCAAAGUCGAAUGAAUUCUAUUUAUCUUUAUUCUAUCUUCUCGAUCAUUUCUAUGUCUGUAUCUAGAGAAAGAGAAAAGAAACAAAACACGCGGUACAAAAUAUCCUUUAAGGAUCUUGCAGUUGUUUUCAAACGAACGUUUUCAUCAACUGGCCGAUCUAAAUUGCCAAAUCUAUCUGUCUUAAUUAUCUUAAUUUCAAAUGAAUAUGUGAAUGUACGCGUGCGAAUAUUACAUACUUUUUGUCGAAAAAGAAAAUGAAUAAAAAGAAGAGAAAUA